UCUUCGGCAGUGAUGAGACGAAAGGGAAGAAACGGCCAGCCCGUACUGUGGAAGUGGAUUCUCAGAUCCUGGAAAUUGUUCUGCACUAUGAUGGAGAAUUUGGAGAAGGUGGUUAUUUGUGGGGCGACGUGUGUGCAAGAUGUUUUGACAUUUCCCAACUGUCACUGAAUAGGCUUGAUUUGUGGGCCAAAAAAAUUGGAGUGAAGGGGCUGGUUAUGUAUUAUUGGAGGCAGCCAGAGUUGGACUAUCAUCGAGGGAUAAAACCUCUUGAACAUGAUAGAGAUGUUGAGGAGAUGGCAAGGGCUGCACUAAAAGAAGGUGUGGUUGAUGUCUACGUUCGAUAUUUAACCUCUGAUGAUGUGCAUAAUUUGGUGCCUGAGAGUGGACCCAAGUUAGAAUUGAAAGAAAUUGAAGAAGAUGGUCCAUUUGAGCCAGUUGAAGAUGGUCCAGUGGAGGCAGUUGAAGAUGCCGCGGGAGUUGAAGAAGGUCCAGGUGAUGAAUUAUUGUUGCUAGAGUGGUACGGCACUGAAGAUGAGGGCCAAGUAGAAGCCUUGGAAGUGGAGAUUGCUGCUGCUGAAGGCCCAUCUGAUGUGGCUGAAGGUCCAGAAGAAGGGUGCAGCAAAAAACAGAAGAACAAAUAAAAACGAAAGAACAAAUAAAUGUAGCGUUGUUUUGUAUUUCCGGAUAUUGUUGUUAUUUUAUUUUAAAACACUUAUAUGUUUUUUAUAUGUGCUAUUUCAUAAUUUAGCAUUGUUUAUUAUUUCCUGA